CGCAAGGAUUUCGAAAAAUACAGCCAACGAAAUCCUUCAAGAACAUCUUAAGCAGCCGCAAAAUUUAUGAUCCUGUCGAGCGGGUUAACUCAAGCCGCUACUAGAGAUUAGGAGAGACAAGUGGACAGGGCACACAGCAUAGCAGAAGAUACAGAUUCGGACCUGGGGCGUUGUAGACUGGUUUUACACUAUUUAAGAUAUUUUUAACUAUACGUUUGCCAUGGAGAAGAAGUUAAGCUUACAGGACUAUGAAAAUUUUUACAAGAGUGCUCUAUUGAGCCGGCAAAAAGUGCAUCAGAACGUGCCAAAGACUUUGAAUAGAUUGAGUAAAUUCCAGCAAAUAUGUCGCGUGUGUGGCUGCAGCGACGAUGGAACCUUUGUGGACUUGGAUAAAUAUCAGGAAUUUGAGUUUGAGCCAACGAUUAGCAGCUAUCGGCAGCUCUUUCAGCGUGCCUCGUUGCAGUUUCAAUUCAGUACCAUGCCCGAUAUGCCGGGGCGUAUUUGCGGCAUAUGUUCCUACAAAGCGAAGAUAUUUUUUCUACUCACGCGCCAGUUUGUGAUCGGUCAGCAGAUAAUGCGCACGGCUGUCACGGACUACUAUCGGGAUAACUAUGCCAUUGAGCCGCCCGAGCAGCUGGAAGAUCUACUGCAGUUGCGUAAGCAAUUGGAAAAUGUUUCCAAAAUCAAGCAAAAGUCAACGAAAGCAGCCAAAUUAACUAGUGUCUACGGCCAAGUGAAGUCCAAUGUUACCAGACGUAAGGCCAAACCGAAUCGUUCAUCUUCAAGCGAUCACCGCUUCGAUGUAAAACCUAAAGACUCCAGCGACUCAACCAAUCACCGGGCGAACAAAGUCCCGAAAGGUCGCAAAAACACCAUUAGCAAUCAGACGUCACCACCGUCUAGAGUCAACAACGUACGUCAGCCGAACAGAGCUCCAAAUCCUGUUAAGAAUGUCAAUAGCAAGUCAGGAUUAGUCGCACAGCGAGCGCCGCCGUAUGUCCGCAAGGAACGAACUGGAGCCAAGGCUAGUUCAAGCAAUAAGGAAGUCGUGGAAUGCCAUGUUUCGCCUCGAUUGAUCAAGAAAUGCACUAACUUCGCAGAACUGCUGCCAGUCAAAUCUGUGAUGCAUCACAAAAUCCAAAUCAAUCCAGCCGAUGGAUCGCCACACAAAUCAAAUAUACCGCCAUCCAAAGCCCAGUUGCAGAAGAAGCUAUUGGAGAGGCGUAAACAAUGGCGUUAACCAGACCUCCUCCAUGCUUGUUUUUAUAAUCGAUAGCAAUUAGUUUUAAGUUAAUAAUUUUUUUAUUUUUAUAUAAAAGAAAGUC